AACUCCGCCAUUCCUGCCCCCCUUUCAAAGCUCGAAGCAACAGAAAUCACUGCUAGCAAGCUGGGGGACUUUUCGCAGGAGUAAACUGGCACACAUUCUCAGGCUCUAGACUGGAGAGCCGUAUGAAGAAACACAGGAAAGCAGUGGAACCCGUGGAGGAGAGACCUGAAUUGGAAAUGGAUACAAAGAUGCCCUCCGAGACCCUAGACAACCACCAAGAGAUCAUGGAGGAGCUCUGCCAGCUCUUUAACAGUGAGGAUUUCUGCGACGUCCAGCUGGUCAUCAAUGAGAAGGUCUUCCUGAAGGCCCAUCGAGUCAUCCUGGCUAUCGGCAGCGACUUCUUCCGCAACAUGUUCUCCAACGACUCCUGGCAGGAGAGCAAGCAGAACGUGAUCCAGCUGAAAGAGCAGGACAACUGCGUGGACUACUUCCAGGACUUCCUGCGCUACUUCUACACUGGCUGCAUCACAGUCAAUGCGGAGAACCUCUUCCCCAUUUACAUGCUCUCGGAUAAGUACGGCGUCCUGGCUGUGAAGCAGGGCUGUGAGAAAUUUGCCCUGAAGAACGUCACCAAUGGUCCCAUCAGCCAAGCCAUUGCCUGGUGCCAGCAGGCAGCAUACAUGAACUUUAAGGAGCUAGAGGAAGCAUGCAACAAAUUCAUCGCCUUGAACAUGAUGGCUGUUGCCAAGUCCCCAGAGUGGCUCUCUCUAGAGCCGGAAUAUCUCGAUUCCCUGCUGAGCCGGCCCGAUCUGGUGGUGGAGAGCGAGUUCGAGCUGUUCCGAGCCGUAAAGAGGUGGUUGUCGCAGAACAAGGGCCACGCCGACGAGAUUCUGAAGCACGUCCGCUUUCCCUUAAUGGCGCCCGAGGACGUGUACGACCCCGGCUUCCUGGAUUCGCUACCCGAGAAAGUGAAGGAGACAUUCUCCUCCCAGAGCGUGCUGGUCUACCAGGUCAACUCCCUCCCCAUCGAGACCAUCAGCUUGUUUCAUGAUGUGCUGUCGCCUCCAUUCUCCAUGCGGCUCUACACCUCUCCAAAUUUCGGCUGCUCCCGCAAGAUGAAUAACUUUAGCUGCUCGUCCAGCGUCUCCAUUGAGUUCUCUACGCGGCUGUUUCAGUUGAGGACCUCCUGGAGCAUCACAACUCAGGGAAGCUGUCAAGACCGUUACCGUGGAAACCCGUGCACCAGCAGUGCGUGCCCGUCCUGGACGUGCCGAGUGAAAGAGUGCAACCUCAGCGGGGAGAACCAUGACCAUAAGCUGUGCCUGCUGCUGUACAAAAACAUUGAUGAGAAGUGGCUUGUGUGCCACUACAAAACGUACGACAUUCCUCACGGACAAGACGUGGGGCUGGGGAACCUGGUCAGCAAGUCUGAAAGAGAGCAGUGCAUGUACAAAAACACAAUUUUCGCCCAUUUCAUUGGGAAAACACUUUGGAAGAGGCCUUAGGAGGAGGAGGAGGCCAAAAGGCUCAUGGCUGUAUCAGCUAGCAAUGCCUGAUUGAUUGUUUUGCCUGAAAUCUUUCACCCCCAUUCCAUUGAAGUACUAGAGUCCACUGACCAUGGUCAGUCAAUAUUAUUCUUAUUUAGCACCUUUUAAUCCAGAAUAUUCAUGGCACUUGAAAUCAAUUAUAUACAUAAAAAACUACAGUAAACAAGAAAUACAGUAGACGUUUAUAUAGUAUAUAGUAUAAAUGUGAAAUUAUAAGAAGGAAAUUAAAAACGGAUGGCCAUUGAACAGUCAGCUUUGAGGCAAGAUUUAAAAACAUGAAUAGAAGCUGUAUUUUUAGUAAGGUCAGGAACACCAGGGUCCAAAGAGGAAGGGCUGCUGCUGAAAAAGCCUGGCAUACAGUGUGAAAAUCCUGGGAAUGUGGAUGAGCCUAGAGCCUGGACCAAGUAAAAAUGAUAUAAUGAAAAAAAAAUAUAUAAAUGAACAGUUAUUAUCAUUGUCAUUGUUAUCACCAUUAAAGUU